UUUCUUUUUGUCCGAACGCCAUCGCGCUCGUUUCGUGUCGUGGGUGUCUCUCUCUACUCCCUACAAAGAGACCACCAAAUCCUCCCCCCACAAAAACAUUUCUCUCCCUCGAUUGCUACCGCUGCCUCCCCCUUUCCUCCCCUCCCGCCGCGGCCUUCUUCUAGGGUUCCCCCCGCCGCCGCCGCCGCCGCCCGAUCCGAGGCAGAUGCAGCCGGCAGCCAUGGCGCCGCCGCCGCCGCCCCAGCCCGCGUCUAACUCAGGGGAUCCGCUCUACCCGGAGCUCUGGCGAGCGUGCGCCGGCCCGCUCGUCACCGUCCCGCGCGUUGGCGACCUCGUCUUCUACUUCCCGCAGGGUCACAUCGAGCAGGUGGAGGCGUCCAUGAACCAGGUCGCAGGAAACCAGAUGCGCCUCUACGAUCUGCCCUCCAAGCUGCUCUGCCGCGUCCUCAAUGUCGAGCUCAAGGCGGAGACGGACACGGACGAGGUCUACGCGCAGAUCAUGCUCAUGCCAGAGCCCGAGCAAAACGACAUGGCAGCCGAGAAGGCUAGUUCUGGGUCGGGCGCCACGCUGCCAAGGCCAGGAGUCAGGUCCUUCUGCAAGACGCUCACGGCUUCUGACACCAGCACACACGGUGGCUUCUCUGUGCUGCGCCGGCACGCUGACGAGUGCCUCCCUCCCCUGGAUAUGACCCAGUCGCCUCCCACACAGGAGCUAGUGGCGAAAGAUCUGCAUGGCAUGGAGUGGCGCUUCAGACACAUCUUUCGCGGGCAACCUAGGAGGCAUCUCCUUCAGAGCGGUUGGAGUGUGUUUGUUAGUUCCAAAAGGCUUGUCGCUGGGGACGCCUUCAUUUUCCUCAGAGAAAAUGGCGAGCUUCGAGUUGGUGUUAGGCGGGCUAUGAGACAGCUAUCUAACGUGCCUUCUUCAGUGAUAUCUAGCCAAAGCAUGCACCUCGGAGUCCUUGCAACUGCAUGGCAUGCUAUCAACACGAAAAGUAUGUUCACCGUGUACUACAAACCUAGGACAAGCCCUUCAGAGUUCAUCAUACCAUAUGAUCAAUAUAUGGAGUCAGUAAAAAACAAUUAUUCUAUUGGGAUGAGGUUCAGGAUGAGGUUUGAAGGGGAAGAGGCACCGGAGCAGAGGUUUACUGGUACUAUAGUUGGUUGUGAAAAUCUGGACCCACUAUGGCCUGAAUCCAGUUGGAGGCACUUGAAGGUGCGUUGGGAUGAGCCUUCUACUAUACCGCGUCCAGAUAGGGUCUCUCCUUGGAAGAUAGAGCCUGCCUCAUCACCUCCUGUUAACCCCCUUCCUCUUUCUAGAGUCAAAAGACCUAGACAAAAUGCUCCUCCGCCUUCAUCUGAAUCAUCUGUUCUCACGAAAGAAGGUGCAACUAAGAUUGAUAUCGAUUCUGCUCAAACACAACAAAAUCCAAACUCGGUCUUGCAAGGCCAAGAGCAGGUGGUGACCUUGAGGAACAACCUGACUGAAAGUAAUGACUCUGAUGGCACUGUUCAAAAGCCUAUGAUAUGGUCCCCGUCACCCAGUGGAAAAAGCCCUACCCUAACUUUUCAGCAGAGAUCCUCAAUGGAUAAUUGGAUGCAGUUGGGAAGGUGUGAAACUGACUUCAAGGAUGCCCUUUCCGCCUCUCAAUAUUUCGGAGAUUCCAAGGGGUUCUUUAUGCAAGCUUUUGACGACAAUCAAAACCGUCUUAAUCCUUUCAACAAUCAGUUUCAAGAUCAAGGAUCAGCUCAUCGCUUUGCGGACCCAUACUUCUUUAUGCCUCCACAACCUUCUCUGACUGUUGAAUCAAGCUCAAGAACGCACACAACAAACAAUGAGUUGCGCUUCUGGAGCGACCAGAAUACUGUCUAUGGCAAUUCAAGUGAUCAACCUCAAGGUUUUGGAUUUGGACAAAACCCAUCAAGUUGGUUAAAUCAGCCGUUUGCCCGGGUUGAACAGCCGCGAGUUUUCAGACCUCAUGCAUCAGUUGCUCCAUUUGAUUUGGAGAAAACAAGAGAAGGCAGUGGCUUUAAGAUUUUUGGGUUCAAAGUUGAUACCACCAGUGCAUCUCCUAUUCAGCUAAGCUCUCCGAUGGCUGCAAUGCGUGAGCAUCUGGUACAAACUCAACCAUUGGUAUCAAUGAAUGAAUUGCAACCUGUGCAAGCAGAGUGCUUACCUGAGGUGUCCGUAAGCACUGCUGGGACAGCAACUGAGAAUGAGAAAAGUGUUCAGCAAGCUCCGCAAAGUUCAAAAGAUAUCCAAAGCAAGUCCCAGGGUGCUUCGACCAGGAGUUGCACAAAGGUUCAUAAGCAAGGAGUUGCGCUUGGCAGAUCGGUGGAUCUCUCUAAGUUCAACGACUAUGACGAACUUAAAGCAGAACUAGACAAAAUGUUUGAAUUCAGGGGUGAAUUGGUGUCUGCUAACAAUAACUGGCAGAUUGUUUAUACUGACAAUGAGGGUGAUAUGAUGCUUGUGGGUGAUGACCCAUGGGAAGAAUUCUGCAACAUAGUGCGCAAGAUCUAUAUUUACACGAAGGAGGAGGUCCAGAAGAUGAACUCAAAAUCAUCUACCCCGAGAAAGGAGGAACCUCUAAUGGCUGGUGAAGAAUGUGCAGCCACAAACGAGUAGGGCUUGUCUGCCUGCAGCAAGCACUUUAUAUAACUAGGUUGUGUGAAGCUGAGGAUGCAUGAGGAACUUUCAUUGUGCCGGGUCCCAGCCAAGUAGCUCCUGAAAUCUUUUGCUUGUCUGAUGCGCAACCCCUUGGAUUUAGUAGGAAAUGUAGACUUGCCCUAUUUCCUUCUCUGCGUUAGCUCUUGGCAGAAAGUUUAAGGGCCAAGAUUGCUAUUAUUAUUGUUAUUGCCUCCCUCCUGAUUUGCUCUCCCUUCUGAUGUAAAUAUUUAUCCAUCCAGUCUUCACCCAUUAGCAGUAGUAGCAGUACUCCCGGCUAUUAACGAGCUAUUCCCGGCUUUUAAUUUCUGUAAGCUAGCUCUCUGUAGCCUGAGAAAAAUGGCAAACAAUGGUAUAUGUAUGUCUGAUCUUCUCACUGAAUGUAUUAUAGUUUAUAGAGGACCUCA